UGGCCCAUACAAGGUGAUUUGAAAGAGAAGAGACGAGAGAGAACCAGUGUACCGACAGCGCUUCCGCCCUUUUUUGUUUUUCCUGUGAUGGAAGAAACUGAUAGAUACAACGGCGGUUUCAUCGUCGGUGGCGGAGAUGGAGACGACGGCGAUGAGGCGCAAAGAAGCAGUGUUUUCGCAGAGCUGAAAACCUACUGCUUGGAACUUCUGGGGCUUCUCCAAAAUCCUCAGAAACACUCCUCGGCGCUCCCUCAGCUCCUCCGCUUUCUCCGAAAAUCUCCCUCCGUUUCCCUUCAACCGUUUCUCGACUACACGUUGUUCCCAUUGCUGCUUCUAUUGGAUGCUGCAGUUGAUUGCAGAUCCCUAAAAAAGGUUGAUUCUGAAGAGAAGUUGAUAUCUGAUGUCCCAAAAAUGCCGCAUAAGGUGAGCGACAGUGUGGCAGAAGGCGUGCUUCAUUGCUUGGAAGAACUUCUUAAGAAGUGCCAAUUAGGGUCAGUGGAUCAGAUGGUUGUGGUGCUGAAGAAAUUGACUUACGGGGCUUUGCUUUCUGCAUCUGAGGCUGCAGAAGAAUUUCGUGAAGGAGUAAUUAGGUGCUUCAGGGCACUUAUUCUUAGUUUACAACCGUGUUCUGAUAUGUCAUGCUCCUGUAAACAAAGUUUGGGUUUUCCCAUACUUUUAGCAAGUGGAGAUUUGCAAGUUCCACUCGUUAACACUUCAAAAUAUGAUUCAGAACCAGGAGAAUGUUUAAUUGCAUUUCUCCAGUCUCAAGGUGCUUCAGCUGCUGUUGGACACUGGUUAUCUCUUCUUCUAAAAGCUGCAGAUACCGAGGCUCAACGAGGACAUCGAGGUAGUGCAAAGCUCCGUGUAGAAGCCUUUUUGUCCCUUCGUAUGCUUGUCGCUAAGGUUGGUUCUGCAGAUGCAUUAGCUUUCUUUUUGCCUGGUGUUGUUAGUCAAUUUUCAAAAGUUUUGUAUGUCUCGAAAACAAUGAUUAGUGGGGCUGCUGGAAGUGUGGAAGCUAUAGAUCAAGCAAUUAGAGGUGUGGCUGAGUUUCUUAUGGUAGUCCUUCGGGACGAUGCUAAUUUAUCGGGUCUUGAUAAUGUUAUUGCUGGCUGUCACACAAACAAGGAUGAAUCUACACAAUCAUUUCUGGAGGAGCUCCGCCAGUUGCCUCUUAAAGCUCAAGGACAAAGUGAAACUAUAGCAGAAGAUUCAAGUGGUGAAAUUAUUAGUUCCAUUUCUCCCAAAUUUGGUUUUGAAGAGAAGGGUAGCAUUAGUUCUAGAAAAAUGUUAGGAUCCUUGCAUGUAACUCGUACAAAAGAUUGGAUUGAGAAAACCUCCACACAAGUGGAUAAACUAUUGUGCACGACUUUCCCAAAAAUAUGUGUUCAUCCAGCAAAAAAGGUGAGAAGAGGACUUUUGGUGGCCAUACAAGGACUAUUGUCAAAGUGCAGUCACACUCUGAAGAAAAGCAGACUGAUGCUUUUGGAGUGUCUAUGUGUUUUGGUUUGUGAUGACUCUGAAGAGGUGUCUGCAGUUGCACAGGGGUUCCUUGAGUAUUUAUUUUCAUCAAGUGAUAAGCAUCACAUAGAAUGUGAUGUUGCCGAAAUCUUCAGCAGGCUCAUUGAAAAUCUUCCAAAAGUGGUGCUUGGAAGUGAGGAAUCGGUUGCACUGUCCCAUGCUCAGCAAUUACUUGUACUAAUAUAUUUUUCUGGUCCUCAAUUUGUGGUGGAUCAUCUUCUUCAGUCUCCUAUAAAAGCUGCACGGUUCUUGGACGUUUUUGCUCUCUGUCUGAGUCAAAAUUCAGUGUUUUCUGGUUCUAUAGACAAGCUUCUUUUAGAAAGGCCAUCCUCCACAGGAUAUCUGCAAUCUGUUGCUGAGUUGAAAUCAAGUAUUCGCUUCACCAGUGAUGACCAGGCCACCUUGAGUACUGCUCCAUAUGAGAUUUCAAAGUUCGCAGGACUUAAGGAUAAAGAGAUACAAUAUCCAUUAGAAAACAUGCAGAAAGAUUAUGAGCUUCCACACAUGCCCCCUUGGUUUGUUUAUGUUGGUAGUCAGAAACUAUACAAGGCUCUGGCAGGAAUUCUUAGACUUGUAGGCUUGUCUACAAUGGCAGACUUCAGAAGUGAAGGCUAUUUGUCGGUUAUCACUGAUAUUCCUCUAGGUUACUUUCGUAAAUUGGUUUCUGAGGUCCGAAUGAGGGAGUAUAGUAAAGAAAGUUGGCAGUCUUGGUAUCAUAGAACUGGUUCAGGGCAGUUAUUGCGCCAGGCAAGUACUGCAGCAUGUAUGCUCAAUGAAAUGAUAUUUGGCAUAUCAGAUCAAGCGGUUGAGGAUUUUGCAAGGAUGUUUCAGAAGUCCAAGAUAAAUCAGGAAAACAUGAAGGGAUAUGAUGCAGGAUUCUCUGGUGACCAGCAUUACAGGCAUGAAGCACCCAUGAUUAAUGAGUCUAUUUGGAGAGUUUGGCAGGGAAGGGGUGCAAGAAGUCAUUUAAUUGAUUGUAUUGGUAAUAUAAUGCAUGAAUAUCUAUCUUCUGAAGUGUGGGAUCUUCCAACAGAACAGAAAUCUUCUCUUCUACAAGCAGAUGGUGAAGCUGGAAAUUUCUCUCUACACUUUCUCUGUGACACUACUUUGCUACACCAGGUUAUUAUUGAUGGAAUAGGCAUCUUUAAUAUCUGCCUUGGAAAUGAUUUUGCCUCUAGUGGAUUUCUUCAUUCAUCUCUUUAUCUAUUGCUUGAGAAUCUUAUUUGUCCAAACUUCCAAAUCAGAAGGGCCUGUGAUGCAAUUUUACAUGUUCUUGCUACUACCUCUGGCUACUCAACAGUAGGGCACUUAGUUUUGGAAAAUGCGGACUAUGUAAUUGACUCUAUAUGUCGACAGUUACGCCAUUUGGACCUCAACCCUCAUGUACCAAAUGUGCUUGGUGCAAUGCUUUCCUAUAUUGGCAUAGCUCAUAAAAUAUUACCUCUGCUGGAGGAACCGAUGCGCACUGUCUCUAUGGAACUAGAGAUUCUUGGCAGGCAUCAACACCCAGAUCUAACUAUUCCCUUCUUAAAGGCUGUUGCAGAAAUUGCCAAGGCAUCAAAGAAGGAGGCUUGUUCAAUGCCCAUUCAGACAGAAUCUUACUCCAUACAUGUCAAGUCUAAAAUGUCUGAUGUGGAAAAGAAAGCGAGGGUUGAUUCUGGAAAAAGUUCAAUAUCAUGUUACGAGGAGGAUAUGGAUACGUCUCCAGAGGAGUCAGCAGAGGGGGCAGAUAUCUACUUGAAUGAUGCUGAUAUGCAUUUAGAUGAAUGGGAGAGCAUUUUAUUCAAGUUGAAUGAUUCGAAAAGAUAUCGACGAACAGUCGGAUCCAUUGCCAGUUCAUGUUUAACAGCUGCAACCCCACUAGUUGCUUCAGUGAACCAAGCAGCAUGCUUGGUGGCCUUGGAUAUUGUUGAGGAUGGCAUUGCAACUCUGGCGAAAGUGGAAGAGGCCUAUAGGCAUGAGAAGGAAACUAAAGAAGCAAUUGAACGUGUGAUUAAGAUGUGUUCAUUUUAUCAUCUCCAAGAUACUCUUGAUGCUGCUGAGGAAGGAACCGAUGAGAAUAGGUUGCUUCCUGCAAUGAACAAAAUAUGGCCCUUCUUGGUCGUUUGUAUUCGGAACAAGAAUCCAGUGGCUGUCCGGAGAUGUCUAGAUGUGAUGAGCAAAGUAAUCCACAUCUGUGGGGGAGACUUCUUUUCUCGCCGGUUCCACACUGACGGCACCCACUUCUGGAAACUUCUAACCACAUCCCCAUUUCAGAAGCAACCAGUCUCUAAAGAAGAGAGAAUCCCAUUACAACUUCCUUACAGAAGUGCUCCUACCUCACCAGAGGACUCAAUGGCUGAAGUCUCAACUCUGAAAGUCCAGGCAGCUAUGCUUAACAUGAUUGCGGACUUAUCCCUGAACAAAAGGAGUGCUUCAGCAUUGGAAGCAGUUCUCAAGAAGGUGAGCGGCCUGGUGGUCGGAAUAGCUUGCAGCAGCGUUUCUGGUCUUCGUGAUGCAGCCCUCAACGCCCUCACUGGACUUUCUUCAAUUGAUCCAGAUCUCAUUUGGCUUCUCCUAGCCGAUGUAUACUACACUUUCAGAAAGAAACACAUCCCUUCACCACCCACCUCUGAUUUACCGGAAAUUUCCCAGAUUUUGCCCCCACCCUCGUCUCCUAAAGACUACCUCUACGUGCAGUAUGGAGGACAGAGCUAUGGUUUUGAUGUUGAUUUCUCUUCUGUAGAAAUUGUUUUCCAGAAACUGCAUUCAGAUGUUUUUACUUCACAAAUGUACAUUUGAGAGAGAUUGUGCUUUAUUUUCUUAUAUAUAGAAGGCCCUUACUCUUUCAUAUUACAA